AUGGCAUCCUUCUUCUCUGACUCCGGCCUUACGUGGUACCUGGGGGAGCUCAGAAGGGAGGAGUUGGCCAAAUUUAAGGAGCUCCUCAAGCUGGAGACUUCGCAACUUGGACUCCAGCAAAUCCCCUGGACGGAGGUAAAGACGGCGUCCCGGGAAGUUCUCGCGGACCUGCUGAUCCAGCACUGUGGGGAGCAGCAGGCAUGGAACACAACCUUCAGGAUAUUUGGCGCGAUGGGCAGGGAGGACCUCUGCGAGAGGGCCAGAAGAGAGAGCACAGGGCCGACAAAGAUGUAUCGAGACCACAUCAGGAACACAUUUCCCCACGUGUGGUCCAGAGACUCCGUGUUUACAAGUCACGAGUUCGAGUGGAGGCUGACCGAGGAGGAACAGGAGUCUCUAGAAUACCUCUUGGCUCCGACGGACGCCGGAAGACAGUCCCGGACCGUGGUCUUACAGGGAUCCGGGGGGAUCGGGAAGACGGCGCUGCUGAGGAAGCUGAUGUUGGCCUGGUCGGACAGCAUCCUCUACCAGGACAGGUUCUCGUACGUUUUCUACCUCUGCUGCCGCGAGGUGAGGCAGCUGGCCAGCACGAGCCUGGUGUCGCUCAUCUCCAGAGACUGGCCUCACCACUCCACUCCCUUGGCAGAUGUCGUGUCCCAGCCGGAGAGACUGCUGUUCCUCGUCGACAACGUGGAAGAGAUGAGCCGUGAUAUGGCCGGGCCCCCGUACGAUCUGUGCAGCCACUGGAUGGAGCCGCGGCCGGGGCAGGUGCUUCUGCGCAGCCUGCUGGCGAAGACCCUGCUCCCGGACGCCUUCCUGCUCCUCGCGGUCACACCCCAGUGCCAAGGGGAGCUGCUGAGCGGGCUGCGGAAUCCGAGCAUUAAAACGAUCCUGGGGUUCAACAGGAACAGCAAGAAGCUCUAUUUCAGCGGCUUGUUUCCAAACAAGCGUAGGGCCACGGAAGCCUUCCAGCUGGUGAGCAGAAAUGGCUGCCUCUUCUCCAUGUGCAAAAACCCCAUCCUUUGCUGGGUCAUGGGCAUGUCCAUGAAGCAGGAUAUGGACAGGGGCAAAGAUCCGGCGCUGACCUGCCGGAGCGUCACCUCUAUGUUCAUCUCCUUCCUCUUUAACUCAUUCACACCCAAGGAUGCUAUGUAUCCAACUCAGCAGAGCCGGGAGCAGCUGAAGAGCCUGUGUUCCCUGGCUGCGGAGGGCACGUGGACACACAUACAGCUGUUCAACCAGGAGGCGCUCAGGAGAAAUGGGAUCGGGGACGCGGCCGUCCCCACACUGCUGGACACCAAGGUGCUGCGGUACCAGGCGCCCAAGAAUGUGUACGGCUUCCUCCACGAGACUCUGCUGCAGUUGUGCACCGCCCUCUUCUACCUGCUGCAGCACCCCAGCGCUCACCCCAGCCCUGCCGUCCAGUGCACGCGGACGCUCCUGCUGACCGUUCUGAACAAACGCAGGUCUUCGACCUUGUUGGGGUUGUUCCUGUUCGGCCUUUUAAGCGAAAGGGAGCGACAGAAGCUGGACGCGUUCUUUGGCUCCAACCUGUCCCGACAGAGAAAAGAGGAACUCGAGCAGUUGCUGCAGGGCAUGAGUGGGUGUGCGGCUUCUCAUUCGCAGGUGGAUUUCUUGGUCUUGUUUUACUAUCUCUCGGAGAUUCAGGACGACGUCUUUGCAGGGCGGGUGAUGGCCUGCUUCCAAGAACUGAACUUGACCUUCUUUUCCAGCUCUGACCUGCGGAUUGCUGCCUCCUACUUAAAACACUGUUACAACCUGAGGAAGCUUUGCCUUUCUGUCGUAACCCUGUUUAAGGGAGAAAACACAGGGGCGUACGGGACGAGGCAGAACUUCUUGUACUGGUCUCGGAUCUGCUCUGUGCUCACCUCCCACGAGCACCUCCAGGAACUCCAGGUGGUGGACAGCAGCUUCACGGAACCUACCUUGGUGAUCUUCUGUCAUCAACUGAGGCAGCCGGGGUGCCACUUGCAGAAGCUUGUGAUGAAUACAGUUACCAUGACGUGUGAGAAGCUGGUUUUCUUUGAAGUGUUCACUUAUAACCCAGGCUUGAAAUACCUGAACCUCAACUGCGUGAAUCUCUCGUCGGGUGACAUGAAGUUGCUGUGUGAGGCUCUGAACCACCCAAUGUGUGGCAUACAGGAGCUCCUGUUGACCAGCUGCCACCUCAGUGAGGACGCCUGGAAACCCCUGGCUCAAGUCCUCAUUUGCAACUGCAGGCUGCUGCACCUGGACAUUAGCAUCAACAGCCUGGGAGACGUGGGGCUGAAGCAGUUCUGUGACGCCCUGAGAUACCCCGGCUGCCGCCUGCGGUCUCUGUGUGUGUGCAGAUGUUUGAUCACCACCUCCGGCUGUGGAAACCUGGCCCAGGCUCUGGUCGGCAGCCAGGACCUCAGGUGUCUGCAGGUUGGGAGCAACUCUAUAGAGGACGCCGGCGUGAAGCUGCUGUGUGAGGCGCUGGUGCAGCCCAGCUGCCACCUGGAGACCCUUGGGCUGCAGAUGUGUGGGCUAAGCGGUGCCUGCUGUGAGGAUCUGGCCUAUGCUCUCAUCAGCAGCAAGACUCUGCAGGAUUUGGACCUGUCCUGGAACGCCCUGGACCACCAUGGGCUGGCUGUGCUGCUGGCAGCUGUGAGCCACCCAGGGUGUGCCCUGAGGGUGCUGAGGCUGAAACAUAUAGAACUCGGAGAGGAAACCCAGGCACUUCUGAUGGCUGCACAAGAGCGGAAUCCCUACCUGACGGUCAUCAGCCAAUGA